AUGUUACCACAGCUAUGCACGUUGAAGCAGGCCACGGGCAUUGCAGACUUUCUUUUGGCUAUCCCAGGUGUAUUGUUUUUUAAUACUCUUGGACAGGUGGAAGGCCAGUUUUUGUUGUGGUUGUUGUUUAUGGCAUCGCCAAAUAAUUCAAUCGAGGCGAAGCCAACACCAGCAGCAACAAUCAGAAGACAGCAGUGCUCUUUUUUAUUCCCCGAAUUUAAAGGCCAGGCUCAGAACCACCAGCGAUGGGCGAUGCACCCGUGCUACUGGAGGAAUGGUAGUGUACUGAUAGCCGGUGGGCUUUUUCAUUUGACCCUCUGUCUCAUGUUCAUCGUGCGCACUGAAUUGUGGAUGUGUCGACUGCCGAAGAAUCAUAUGGGCACAAUGAGUAACUUCAUUGAAUUUCAUUUUAUCUCCCUGCACAGGUUGCAUCUUAACGUUCCGACGUUUGCGGAAUUGUUCAAAGAAAGGGCGACCGCGCCUUUUUUCGUGUUCCAAGUUUUUUGCGUCGCGUUAUGGUGUCUAGACGAAUACUGGGUGUAUCCGAUGCUAACUCUCUCAAUGCUGUGUUUAUUCGAGGCUGGCUUGGUACACCAACAGCUAAAAAAUAUGACGGAGAUAAGAUCGAUGGGAGCCAAACCCUACCACAUAUAUGUUUACCGACAGAAGCGAUGGACACGCAUAAUGAGUGACAAACUGGUUGCCGGUGAUAUCGUAUCGGUUGCCGAUGGGAAUCAGAAAUUUUUGAUCCCAUGUGACUUACUUCUUGUCCGGGGAACUUGCGUCAUUGAUGAAUCGAUGCUGACUGGGGAGUCGGUUCCCGUAAGCAAGGCAAGUGGAUGUAAAUGGUCAUCUUUUAAGGAACCUUGCGAAGCUCUUCGGCCUGACGAGCAGUUCACAUUUGAUGAAGGUCACAAAUCCCAGGUGCUGUUCGGUGGCACAAAAGUUGUGCAGUUCAAUCCGCCCUUGAAAUCUUCAAACCAAUUGAAAGAACGCAUUGAAGUGUUACUUCUACCCUAUUUCUAUUUAGCUCCAGACAACGGCUGCAUUUGCUUUGUUCUUCGUACCGGAUUGAGCACGUCACAAGGACGACUUCUCAAAACCAUCAUGUAUAGCGUAAAGACCGUGACAGCAAACAAUCUGGAAACCUUCUUGUUCAUUGCAUUUCUCCUCAUCUUUGCCGUCGUAGCCUCUGUGUACGUUUGGGUGGAAGGUUCUGUUGAUCCUCGUCGUAACAGAUACAAACUGUUUCUCGAAUGCACACUGAUUCUCACGUCAGUAAUACCGCAAGAAUUACCGAUCGAACUUUCGCUCGCCGUCAAUUCUUCACUUGUAGCUCUGUCUAAGCUCAUGGUUUACUGUACAGAACCGUUCCGAAUUCCGUUUGCUGGCAAAGUGGAUGUUUGUGCCUUUGACAAAACCGGCACUUUAACAGAAGAUACGGUCGUUGUAGAGGGCAUCUCCGGCUUAAAUGAUCAGCCUGCAAAUAAAUUGGUACCUGUUCAACGAUGUCCCCUCUCUUCGGUACAAGUGCUUGCCAGCUGUCAUUCUUUGGUGCACACACCGUCCGGGUUGGUCGGUGAUCCAAUGGAGAAGGCUAUGCUGUCAUCCACCGGUUGGUCCUUGAACAAUGAUGAUACCGUAUCUGGGCGAACUGUGCCGCGCAGUCCGCCUUUGCGCAUCUGCCAUCGGUUCCGUUUUAGCAGCACUUUGCGACGGAUGUCUGUGGUGGUUAGUCAUCAACUUCCAUCCAGUGUCGAUCAGACGUACCUGGCCUGUGUAAAAGGCUCUCCUGAGGCAAUUCUACCCAUGUUGAUAGAUGCACCCCCGGACUAUGACGAGGCCUACCUAACUAUGGCUCGCCGUGGUGCUCGUGUCCUGGCUUUGGGGCAGAAGUCUUUAGGACAGUUAACCCAUCAACAAGUCAGAGAUCUUACCCGUGAAGAGGUUGAAUGUGGACUCACCUUCUGUGGUUUUGUACUCAUCUCCUGUCCGCUGAAGCCAGAUUCCAAAGAGGUUGUUCGUGUACUUCGUGAAUCUAGUCACCAUGUCACUAUGAUUACUGGUGACAACCCACUCACUGCAUGUCAUGUUAGCACGGUACUGGAACUGGUUCGGCCAGAUACGCAUGUUCUUAUUCUAACGCCUCCAAACGCCUUAGCGGAUGAAUGGCAUUGGCAGUCUGUCGACGAUUCUGUGGUUUUGCCCGCGCUCACCAAAGAAAGCUCGUCCCCUCAGGCUAUCCGUCAGUUGGCAUCCAAAUAUGAUUUGUGCCUUACCGGUGAAGGAGUGGAUGCAUUAGCGCGCACUUCUCCAAAUCUCCUUCGUAUUCUCAUCCCCAAAGUUAAAAUUCACGCACGUGUGAUCCCAAAACAAAAAGAAGAGAUUCUGGUAGAACUCAAACGACUGGGCUACGUCACUCUGAUGUGCGGCGACGGAACUAAUGAUGUGGGCGCAUUGAAACAAGCGCACGUUGGUGUGGCUCUUCUGAAUGAUGUCGACUCCAUCGGGCCGGACCCUGAGAAGAAAGCUCUACAAACGCCAAAUCUUCCGACCCGAAAACGGGAACAAAACUCGAUUCAGUCUCGUGGAGAUGGCAAAGGCACAUUCAAUUCACGUUUGGCCUCUUUGACUGCUGUGGAGGCCGAACAGGAUGCCUCGGUGGUUCGCUUAGGCGAUGCCAGUAUUGCUGCUCCAUUCACUGUCAAAAUGUCCUCUCCUUCCGGCGUUUGUCAGAUCAUAAAACAAGGACGAUGCACCCUGGUUACGACGUUACAAAUGUACAAAAUCCUGGCAAUCAAUGCCUUGGUGUCUGCCUACAGUUUUUCCGUAUUAUUUCUGAAAGGAUUCAAAACUUCCGAUGCCCAGGCUUCUAUUCAGGCGAUUCUCCUGUCCGCGUCGUUUCUAUUCAUCUCCCGCUCGAAGCCUUUGAAAACCCUUUCCUACCAACGCCCGAUUCCGAACAUCUUCAACGUGUAUACGCUACUCACAGUGACGUUACAGUUUCUUGUCCACUUUUCCGUCCUGUAUACUCUUACCUCGGAGGCCGAAGUCCGAAUGCCUGUCAAGGAGGAUGAUUUCAUUGACGUGCAUGCUGAGUUUGAGCCUUCCAUAUUGAACACGGUUGUUUACUUGAUAUCAACGGGAAUGCAGAUUUCAACGAUUGCUGUCAACUACAAAGGGCAUCCAUUCAUGGAAUCUUUGACAGAAAACAAACCGAUUAGCAUUUCUUUGGGAGUUGCCACUGGGGGUGUGAUCCUUCUCGCCCUGGGCGUAUUUGCUGAGCCGUUGCGUCUCAUUCCCUUGGAUCCUCAAUUGCGCCUCACAUUCCUCAAAGCACUGGCUUUCGACUUCAUCGGAACCUGGCUCGUGGAUCGCAUCCUUGUGUUAGUCUUCGGGCGUGUACACAAAAAAGCACUGUGAUACCCCGGGACCGUUCAUUAUCCCGUUGUGAAAUGCCUUUUGUGCUGCCCACUUUCAACCAAUGGCUGUUCUCACCCCAACAGCCAAAUCAAAUCGCCGCACUCCGUACUCCCACCGGCUGAUGGUUUAUACUUUCUAUGUGUCACAUUUUCUUUAGGCUGCAACUAUCCCCGGAUUUUGUGUGUCUGUGUGCUAAGAUUUCAUUCGUACUUUUAAUAACUGACCAUCCCCUGGUCAAAACGGGCGCUGUACCCCUUGGACAUUUUGUCGUUCCCUAAGUGAUGCUCUGCCGAAUUCCCAUGUUUUAUAACCCAUUUGUCAAACUUGUUUGAAAUUCCUCACUCAAUGUGGACGGAUAUUCGUAGUGUGUCUUGACUAAUUGUGUGCAACUUUGUUGACGUGAGAAAACUUGAAACCCUUCCUCUUGAAAGUGUACACCAUGUCACCUAUUUAGGAACCCUUGUCGUAUUGUAUUGGCUGUAAAACACGUGUUUACAACUGAAAACUGC